AUGCAGGCCGCGCCUGAACCUCAACCCGACCUCUUGAGCGACGUCACCAGCCGCGUGGGCGGCAUCGUCUCGGACGCAUCGACGUUGGUCGCCGGCGCCUCGAACCACGCCGCAGAGGCCACCAGCGAGGUCGCCGCCAAGGCCUCCAGCCUGAGCCAGCUCAUCGCCACGGCCACGGGGUCCGCAAAGUCGAGCGCCGAGAGCGAGCUCUCAGAAGUCACCAAGGACCUGACCAAGGCCACCGGCGAGGCUGGCGCCAAGGUCUCGAGCCUCAGCAAGCUCAUCGCCACGGCCACGGGGUCCGCAAAGUCCAGCGCCGAGAGCGAGCUCUCAGAGGUCACCAAGGACCUAGCCAAGGCCACCAGCGAGGCUGGCGCCAAGGUCUCGAGCCUCAGCAAGUUCGUCGCCACGGCCACGGGGUCCGCAAAGUCCAGCGCCGAGAGCGAGCUGUCCAAGGCUACCUCCUCUCUGGCCGCGGCCACCGGCUCAUCCUCCACGUCCACCAGCCGCGGCGGUGGCGCCCGCGGCCCGGCUCCCACCGCUGCCGUGGCCGUCGGCGCCCUCAUGGGCGGUGCUGCUCUCUUGGCCAACUUUUGA